AGCUUUCCACAAAGGAGAGUCAUAGGGUUGAGAGCUUAUUAUUACACUUAUUUCUUCCAUACUUACUAUAAAGAACCUUACACCGUUUGUUGAUCAGAUUCCAAAGAAUUUUCAUAAGAAAAGCGUCAUUCAUAUGUUGAGGUCUCUUAAUGACUAGACCACCCUCAUUCUUGAGGAAACAACAAAUGUCUCAUCCAACUAGAUGAGGUCUCCGAGAUUGGUCAGAUCUCUUCAUUAAAAACUUCUUUCAUGCCAUAUGGUAGGAUGAGUAAUCCAUGAGUUUUUUUUUACAAUUAAACUGAGAAAAAGAAAAAUCAGAAAAAUCAGAUUAAACAAGUAGAACAGAACCUAGAAUCUAUGGCGCGAUAAACCUCCCAUCUUCUCAAUCCUAGAAAUCAAAACCGAUAAAUGGAUGUGUUGUUUGUGACAAAAUUUAAUCUAAGGGCUGAUAUUAAAAACUAUUUGUUUAAUACAAAGAAAGAAAGAAAGAAUUUAAGUAAAAAAAUAAAAUAAUGAGAGAAUUGAAACGAUUUCCUUGGUACUCCCUCUCUUUCCGCUCCAUCUUCUAUGUAUGUACCACUCAUCACCACCACCGCCGCCACUUUCUCCGCCGCCGUCUCUCUCAGUUCGUCACUGUGGCAUCACUCUUCAAAGGGAAUUUGAUUUCUUUCAAAUUUUGUGGAGCAGAAAGAUUUGGCCGGCGCUGGGAUGGCGAGCAUCGUUGAUGGAACAGACGGAGAAAGUGGCGGCGACGAUGGCGAUGAUCAGUAUAAUAAGAAGAAGAGCCGGCGAUGACUAUGAAAGAUGAUGGAAAAGAACAAAAAUUGAAAACUUAACUAUGAAUUUUGAAGACGAGAAAGAAUUUGAUCCUGCAAUGUUGAUGGAUGAAGAUGAAGAAAUAACUCAAGAAGAUGCUUGGACUGUUAUUUCUUCAUACUUUGAAACCAAUGGUUUAGUUCGUCAACAACUCGAUUCAUUCGACGAGUUCAUCCAAAAUACAAUGCAGGAAAUUGUUGAUGAAUCUGCUGAUAUUGAAAUUCGACCUGAAUCACAGCAUAAUCCAAGUCACCAAUCGGAUUUCGCUGAGAUGAUUUAUAAGAUAAAGUUUGGGCAAAUUUACUUGAGUCAACCGUUGAUGACUGAAUCUGAUGGAGGAACUUCUCCCUUGUUUCCCAAGGCAGCUAGGUUACGGAAUCUUACUUAUUCAGCUCCUUUGUAUCUUGAUGUUUCGAAGAGUGUUAUUAAGAAAGGACAUGAUGGUGAGGAAGUUACUGAGACUCAGGAUUUCCCCAAAGUUUUCAUCGGCAAGGUUCCUAUAAUGCUUCGGUCUAGUUACUGCACGCUAUAUGGGAAGGAUGAGAAUGAUUUGACUGAGCUUGGAGAGUGUCCGUAUGAUCAAGGAGGAUAUUUCAUUAUUAAUGGAAGUGAGAAGGUUCUCAUUGCUCAAGAGAAGAUGAGCACCAAUCAUGUCUAUGUGUUCAAGCAGAGUCAGCCUAAUAAGUAUUCCUUUGUGGCUGAAGUUCGGUCCAUGGCAGAGUCCCAGAACAGACCACCUAGCACCAUGUUUGUGCGCAUGCUAUCUCGAGCUAGUUCCAAAUGGGGUUCUGCAGGACAAUAUAUACGUGUUACUCUUCCUUACAUCCGGACCGAAAUUCCUAUUUUUAUUGUGUUUCGGGCAUUGGGAUUUGUCGCUGACAAGGAUAUACUACAACAUAUAUGCUACGACUUCUCGGAUACUCAAAUGAUGGAGUUGCUUCGUCCUUCCUUGGAAGAAGCAUUUGUGAUACAAAAUCAACAGGUUGCACUCGACUACAUUGGGAAAAGAGGAGUCACUGUAGGUGUAACUAAGGAAAAGAGAAUUAAGUAUGCUAAGGGCAUCCUUCAAAAGGAGAUGCUUCCACAUGUUGAUGUUGAAGAGCAUUGCGAGACAAAAAAAGCGUACUAUUUUGGAUAUGUCAUUCACCGGCUACUACUGUGUGCACUUGGGCGGAGGGCUGAAGAUGAUAGGGAUCAUUAUGGAAACAAGAGGUUAGACCUGGCAGGUCCUUUACUUGGUGGUCUCUUUAGACGGCUAUUCAGAAAGUUAACUAAAGAUGUCAGGGGUUAUGUACAGAAGUGUGUUGAUAAUGGGAAGGAUGUUAACCUUCAAUUUGCUAUCAAAGCAAAAACCAUUACUGAUGGACUUAAAUACUCACUUGCUACUGGUAACUGGGGGCUAGCAAAUGCUGCGGGUACUAGAGCUGGAGUGUCACAGGUGCUAAAUCGUUUAACUUUUGCAUCCACUUUAUCUCACUUGCGAAGAGUAAGUUGUCCCAAAGGACGUCAAGGGAAGUUGACCAAACCAAGACAACUGCAUAAUUCACAAUGGGGAAUGAUGUGUCCGGCAGAAACACCAGAAGGACAAGCCUGUGGACUGGUGAAGAAUCUAGCCUUGAUGGUCUACAUUACAGUUGGUUCAGCAAAAUAUCGUAUUAUGCAGUUUUUAGAAGAUUGUGGUUCAGAAAAUUUGGAGGAAAUUUCUCCUGCGAGGAUAGCCCAAGCUACAAAAGUUUUCGUAAAUGGUUGCUGGGUGGGCAUUCAUAGUAACCCUGAUAAGUUGGUUGAAAGACUCAGAAAUCUUAGACGUCGGGUUGAUGUUAAUACCGAAGUUGGGGUUGUUAGAGAUAUCCGUCUUAGUGAACUGCGCAUAUAUACAGAUUAUGGUCGCUGCAGUCGUCCUUUAUUCAUCGUGGAUAAACAAAGGCUUCUCAUAAAGAAGAAGGACAUUCAUGAAUUGCAACAAAGGGAAUCAACUGAAGACAGUGGAUGGUCUGGUCUUGUGUCCAAGGGCUUUAUAGAAUAUAUCGACACAGAGGAGGAAGAGACUACUAUGAUUUCCAUGACAAUUAACGAUCUUGUACAAGCAAGGCUCAACCCAGAAGAAGCGUAUUCUGAUACUUACACUCACUGUGAAAUCCAUCCAUCACUGAUUUUGGGUGUAUGUGCUUCCAUCAUACCAUUUCCUGACCACAAUCAGUCUCCUCGUAAUACGUAUCAGUCUGCAAUGGGAAAACAAGCAAUGGGAAUAUAUGUUACCAACUAUCAGCUUCGAAUGGAUACCUUGUCCUACGUAUUGUACUAUCCUCAAAAGCCACUGGUCAUUACAAGAGCCAUGGAGCAUCUUCAUUUUCGUCAACUCCCUGCUGGAAUUAAUGCCAUUGUGGCCAUUGCAUGUUAUUCUGGUUAUAAUCAAGAAGAUUCUGUCAUCAUGAACCAAUCAUCAAUAGACCGUGGCUUUUUUCGGUCUCUGUCUUUCCGUUCAUAUAGAGAUGAAGAGAAGAAAAUGGGAACCCUUGUCAAAGAAGAUUUCGGUCGGCCGGAUAGAGCUACCACCAUGGGUAUGACGCAUGGUUCUUAUGAUAAGUUGGAUGAUGAUGGUCUUGCUCCACCUGGCACAAGAGUGUCUGGUGCGGAUGUUAUUAUUGGAAAGACUACUCCUUUAUCUCAGGAAGAUGCUCAAGGACAAGCUGCUCGUUACUCAAGACGUGAUCGCAGCAGAAGCUUACGCCACAGCGAAACUGGAGUGGUUGAUCAAGUUCUGUUGACAACAAAUGCUGAUGGAUUGAGAUUCGUGAAAGUAAGAGUGAGAUCUGUUCGAAUACCACAGAUUGGUGACAAAUUCAGUAGUAGACAUGGUCAGAAGGGGACAGUUGGUAUGACUUAUACUCAAGAAGACAUGCCCUGGACUGUGGAAGGCAUCACCCCUGAUAUUAUUGUCAAUCCACAUGCUAUACCUUCCCGAAUGACAAUUGGCCAGCUUAUUGAGUGUAUCAUGGGCAAGUUUGCAGCCCAAAUGGGAAAAGAAGGAGAUGCUACUCCUUUUACAGAUGUUACUGUGGAUAAUAUCAGCAAAUCUCUACACAAAUGUGGGUACCAAAUGCGUGGUUUUGAGACAAUGUACCAUGGUCAUACAGGGAGGCGUCUCAGUGCAAUGAUUUUCCUUGGCCCUACCUAUUACCAAAGAUUGAAGCAUAUGGUUGAUGACAAGAUCCAUUCUCGCGGACGAGGUCCUGUGCAGAUUCUUACAAGGCAACCUGCUGAGGGACGCUCACGAGAUGGAGGUCUUCGAUUUGGAGAGAUGGAACGUGAUUGCAUGAUAGCCCAUGGAGCUGCUCACUUCAUGAAAGAAAGAUUGUUUGAUCAAAGUGAUGCAUAUAGGGUCCAUGUGUGCGAACACUGUGGGUUGAUAGCUAUUGCAAAUUUGAAAAAUACUUCUUUUGAAUGUAGGGGCUGCAAGAACAAAACUGACAUUGUUCAGGUUUACAUUCCUUAUGCUUGUAAGCUGCUCUUCCAAGAGCUAAUGUCUAUGGCCAUAGCCCCGAGAAUGCUUACUAAAGAGAUCCAGUCUAUAAAAGAUCACAAGAAGAAAGCUGCCUGAUGAGCAAGUUUGAGAAAAUGACAUGAUCAUUAUGCCAACAAUUAGUAUCAAAGUUGUUGCAGCAGCAACAGUAGAUAUAUUCUGCAUAAGGAAGAUCAUGUCAUACUGUAGAGGUAGAAUAGAAGCAGUAGUAGCAGAAAUAGAUAUAAAAACAGCAGAAGGAAAAGAUGAAACAGAAGCUAACAGAAGCAAUAGUAGCAGAAGCAGCAGUGGAUAACAUGAGUGAGACAGAGAACCAAAUUUUUGCAUACAUUGAAUAGCGGAAUUACCGACCUUACUCAAUAGUAUACAUAUUUUCAAAACUGGUGAAUGAUACUUUCAUUCGCAUCUUACAAGUAAGUUGGUUUUGUUAUGUUGGUAAGUUAUUUGCUGAUGUUCAAAUGCAAUGUAGAUUGUAGUUAUCAAUGUAUUAUGAAGCUUCUCAAA